CUUUUACAGUUGGCUGGCUGCUCUACCGUGUGUGGUCAAACGGUGAAGGUCCCCGAGAACUUACUGUAAUUGGUCAAAAACCAAAGAGGUCGGUGGCCAGUCAACACGGGAUCUCCGCAACUUCACCCCUGCAAGCCAAGACCCCAACGCCGAAAGAGGAUGGUGGUUUGAACUCGUACACCGAUGGACCGAACGAAUGAGUACCAAGGCCUUGAGAAGAGGAGAUCACCGGCGGUGUCACCUGCCACAGAGCAAGAACACAAAAGGCGCCCUCUUUCCUAGAUGUCAAACUUGUUCUCUCAGUCACCUGUUCAAACUCUCGAUAUCUUGUUGCACAAUCCUCGAGCCGAAAGUCAUCGAUCACAAUGAAGUUUACCAAGCAGUUCUCAGCCAUUGUCUUCAUCGCGGGGCCAAUUGCUGCCCAAAGCACGUCGGAUCUAUACUCGAUACUCCCGAUCGACUUGACCGCAUCGGUUACCCUUCCGGUUGAGACGGACGGCACAGGCUCUGCCUGCCCGACCGUCACGGAGGUGACGGAAAGCUGCGCCACUUGCCCGGUGCCGCAGUGCCUCACAGUGUCCACUCUGACGCAGUCCUGCGGCUGCCCUACCCCGGUGCUGACGGAAUAUGUCUCUAUUCCAUGCAGAAAUCCCUGUGCCCGCGUCGGAUGCAGCACCAGCUACACCAUCAUCCCGGGAGAGGAAUCUUGCGGCGGUACCGGAAGUGGAACUGCCACCGUCACGGCGUCGGUGACGGGGUCGACCACUGUCACGGCGACAUCUACCGAGACACUCGGAACAGAAACCGGUGCGGCGACAGAGACAGGGUCCGGCGCUUCGACCCUGACGGCUUCCAGUUCUCCGACACCGAACGCUGCGAGAAGGUUGGGCGUUCCUUUCAAGUUUUGGUAGGCGUAAUCCAGUGUUGUAGGAAGCGCCCAACACCCAACAUGCGAAAGUGGAGGCAUCUGGGAGAUUAUUGAAGGAUUCAGGGAAUGUUCCUUAACUAUUUAAUACUAGAUUGCACCCGUGAUUGAAUGACAAGGAAAAGUCCAGCUUAAGUCGGUGCCCAUGUAUCAGCUGUCCAAGAUUCCGGACUGAAAUCCGGCCAGUAGAGCCCUUGUGCA